CAAAGAACUAAAAUUGGAUUCAAAAUGCGUGCAUUCAUUGUUAUGUGUUUAGUGGCCGUUGCCUGCGCCGAUAAGCUGGGCUAUAACUACCAGCCUGUGGGUCACUCCAGCUCAGGAUUGUCUUUCGCUCCUGGUAGCGGCGGAAGCAUUGGAGGUGGAAGCAUCGGCGGUGGCAGCAUCGGCGGACUGGGAGGUCUGUCUGGUGGCAGCAUUGGAGGCGGAUCCCUUGGCGGUGGCUCCAUUGGCGGCGGCUCUAUUGGUGGCGGCUCUAUUGGAGGUGGUUCCAUUGGAGGCGGUUCCCUUGGAGGCGGCAGCCUUGGCGGUCUCGGUGGUAUUUCCGGUGGAGAUCUAAGUGCUCCAGUCGAAUACAGCGCCCCUGCCCCAUCUGCUGAAUUGGAAAAGGAAUUCUUUACUUUCACCGCCAACGAACAGGACUUUGAUGAGCCACAGGCUUUGGAGCGCGUGUCCAGCUCAUUGAACAAGGCUCUCCGUGUUGUCUUCAUCAAGGGACCCGAGAACCGUGGCUUGGAGAACGCUGCUCUGGCUUUGGCCAAACAGGCUGCCCAACAGGAGACCGCCAUCUAUGUCCUCAACAAGCAGGCCGAUAUUGGAGAUUUGGCCAGCAAAUUGAAUGCCAUCCGCAGCAACAACAACAACAAGCCCGAGGUUCACUUUGUCAAGUACCGCACUCCUGAGGAUGCUGCCAACGCACAGAAGGCCAUCCAAUCUCAAUACGACUCUCUGGGUGGAUCUUCUCAGGCUCACAAUGGUGGUGUUGCUCCAGUUCUCAACUUUGCCUCACAGGCUGCUCCUCGCCCAGUCAGCGCCAAGUCGCCCGACAACUCCUACCUGCCCACCUCUAUCUUCCGUCGUGUUUAA